AUGCCACACAGAUGGCACCCGCUGGAAGAUGGGUCCUGGCAGGAGGAGCACGGUGGGUCUGGCAGCCGAGCUGUGCUGCUGGCCAAACCCUGCCUGCCGAAGCCACUGGAGCUGCAUGACCUGGAGCCAGCCAAGCGACACCCCGUGAUGUGCAGCAUGGCCAGAGUGAAGGGGUGGCCGGAGGGAGAUGUUUGCCCAGAAGCGGGCGUGGAGGAUGGUGCCCCAUUUCAGCCUGGCAGCUCGGCCAAGUCUCCAAGUGAUGGAGGGCACGGAGAAGCACCUGGCAACAUUGGAGGAGUAGCUCAGGGAGGCUACAGCUUCUCAGGAGACCUGCAGACCCCCAGUGCGGUCCAUCCACGGCCAUCCUCGCUGCUGGGUUCCAUCCUGGAGGACGCUGCCACUCCCAGUGGGCUUCAGAAGGAUUAUAUCUUCUACCUGGAGCCGGACAAGCUGGAGUCGGGCAAGGGGAAGUGUUCCUAUGACCCCAAAGUAGACACUGUCUCUGCAUUAAUAAAUGAAGAGCUUUACGCUGGUGUCUACAUCGACUUCAUGGGCACGGACGCAGCCAUCUUCCGCACCAUGGGCAAGCAGACAGCCAUGAGAACAGACCAGUACAAUUCACGCUGGCUCAACGACCCGGCCUUUGUCCGCGCCCAGCUCAUCCCUGACAGCAGCGAGAGGAACGAUGACAAGCUCUACUUCUUUUUCCGAGAGAAGUCAGCUGAUGCCCCGCUGAGCCCUGGGGUCUACUCCCGCAUCGGGCGCAUCUGCCUGAACGACGAUGGGGGCCACUGCUGCCUCGUGAACAAGUGGAGCACCUUCCUGAAGGCCCGGCUCGUCUGCUCUGUGCCAGGACCCGACGGGAUUGAAACACACUUCGACGAGCUCCAGGAUGUCUUCAUCCAGCAGACUCAGGACACCAAGAACCCUGUUAUCUACGCUGUGUUCUCUGCUUCGGGGUCGGGGUUCAAGGGAUUCAAGGGCUCUGCCGUGUGCGUCUACUCCAUGGCUGACAUCCGCAUGGUCUUCAACGGGCCCUUUGCACACAAGGAGGGACCCAACUACCAGUGGAUGCCCUACACGGGCAAAAUGACCUGCCCCGGGGGGACCUUCACCCCCUCCAUGAAGUCGACCAAGGACUACCCCGACGAGGUGAUCAACUUCAUGCGCACUCACCCCUACCGCUUCACCACCGUGGCCGUGGACCAGGUGGAUGCAGCAGACGGGCGCUAUGAGGUGCUUUUCCUGGGCACAGAUCGGGGCACUGUGCAGAAGGUCAUCGUGCUCCCCCGAGACGACAUGGAGACGGAGGAGCUCAUGCUGGAAGAAAUUGAGGUGUUCAAGGUGCCGGCACCCAUCAAGACAAUGACCAUCUCCUCCAAGAGGCAACAGCUGUACGUGUCCUCAGCCGUGGGUGUCACCCACCUGGCCCUGCACCGCUGUGACGUAUAUGGGGAAGCGUGUGCCGACUGCUGCCUGGCGCGGGACCCAUACUGCGCCUGGGACGGCAACGCCUGCACCCGCUACUCUGCCUCCUCCAAGAGGCGGAGCCGGCGGCAGGACGUGCGGCAUGGCAACCCCAUCCGCCAGUGCCGGGGCUACAACUCCAACGCUAACAAGAACGCGGUGGAGGCCGUGCAGUAUGGGGUGGAGGGCAGCACCGCCUUCCUGGAGUGCCAGCCCCGCUCACCCCAGGCCACCAUCAAGUGGCUGCUGCAGAAGGAC